CUUCAGCGAAUCAUCAGUUGCAGUCGGUUUGUAAGCCCGGCCGUGUGUACAGGCGCCUAUAUUUUCCUCGCUCCUCUCCAGCAGCGACACAUCGGAGUCGCCUCGCCGCGGCGCAGCAGCAGCAGAUACAGUAGUUGGCAGUAAAGCGCGCGUGCGUCUGUAUGACUCCCCUACUACCACUAAUAAUCGACCACCCGCACGUUUUACUGCAUAGGACAGUGAGUGAGUGAGAGAGAGAGAAAAAGAGAGGCUAGCAGACUUCGAUUUUCCGCUCGAUCCUUGCCUUGCGCGUUGGAGGCCACCCCGAGUUAUAGUUUUGUGCUCUUCGUUAUACCUUUAAUUUGAGAAAAUCAGAACAAAUUUAACAAAAAUAGAAACCCCAAGCUUGAAUUGUGAAUAAUAUAUCGAGGAACAAAGUUUCAAGCUCGUUCGCCAUGGCUGACAAAAUUUAUAAACCAAAUCCUGAGCUUGCGAGUCAAGCUCACUGCAAAAGCAUGGAGCAAUACAAGGACAUGCACGAAAGGUCCAUGAAGCACCCAGAACAAUUUUGGGGUGAAAUAGCCAAGGAUUUUUAUUGGGAAACUCAAACUACGGAAGAUAAAUUUUUCUCCUACAAUUUUGACAUCAACGAGGGUGACAUUUACAUCAAAUGGAUGGAAGGUGCCUCAACCAAUUUGAGCUUCAAUUUACUCGACAAAAAUGUGAAAAACGGCAAAGGAGAUCAAAUCGCUUACUACUGGGAAGGUAACGAUCCAGAUGACUAUUCGCGCAUAACGUAUCUGAAACUGCUGCAAGAGACCUGCCGAUUCGCCAAUGUGCUCAAGUCAAAGGGCGUCCAAAAGGGCGACCGCGUCGCCAUCUACAUGCCUAUGAUACUCGAGCUGCCCAUCGCCAUGCUCGCAUGCACGAGAAUCGGGGCUGUGCACAGUAUCGUCUUCGCAGGCUACUCGGCCGAUUCGCUGGCUGAGCGUAUCUUGGACUCGAAAGCCAAAGUACUGAUUACGGCGGACGGCGUCUGGCGCGGCGAGAAGCAACUUAUGCUCAAGUCCAUUUGCAACGACGCUCUCGACAAAGUCGCGCAGCAGGGUCACAAGGUUGACUCGUGCGUCGUCGUGGCCCAUCUCCGGAGGCUCACCAAUCCUCUGGGCAAACAGCACGUCGAGACGAAAAACGGCACCAGCAAUGGCAAUUCGAACGGUGAGGUCGUCUGGGACGACGACAGGGACUGCUGGUGGCACGACGAGAUGGAGCAAGUCGAGCCGAGCUGUUAUCCAGUCUGGAUGUCUGCCGAGGAUCCCCUCUUCAUUCUCUACACAAGCGGCUCGACGGGAAAGCCAAAAGGUGUCCUGCACACCACGGCGGGCUACUUAAUAUACGCGGCAACGACCUUCAAAUACGUGUUCGACUAUCAUCCGGGUGACGUGUACUGGUGCACCGCCGACAUCGGCUGGAUUACUGGCCACACUUACGUCGUCUACGGACCACUGGCCAAUGCGGCCACUUCCGUUCUAUUCGAAGGUACGCCGUUUUACCCGGAAAACGACAGAUACUGGUCCGUCGUCGACAAGUACAGAGUCAGUCAGUUCUACACUGCUCCGACGGCCAUUCGCUCGCUCAUGAAAUUCGGCGACGAUCUCGUCAAGAAACAUGACUUGUCCAGUCUUAAGGUUCUUGGCUCUGUGGGUGAACCCAUCAACGCCGAAGCUUGGCUCUGGUUUUACAAUUUGGUCGGUCAUGGCAAGUGCAGUAUAGCCGACACGUUCUGGCAAACGGAAACCGGAGGUCACGUGGUUACUCCAUUGCCCGGUGCAACACCGAUGAAACCAGGAUCGGCCACCUUCCCGUUCUUUGGCGUCAAGCCCGAACUACUGGACGAAGACGGGCGCGUGAUCGAUGGCGAGGGCGAGGGCUACCUCGUAUUCCGGAAACCCUGGCCCGGCAUGAUGCGCACCCUCUACGGCAACCACGAGCGCUUCCAGAGCACUUACUUUGACCGUUUCCACGGCUUCUACUGCACCGGCGACGGCGCCAGACGAGACAAAGAUGGCUAUCUUUGGGUAACCGGUCGAAUUGACGAUAUGUUGAACGUUUCCGGACAUCUCAUGUCAACGGCCGAGGUCGAAAGUGUUCUGGCCGAGCACAGUUCCGUAGCUGAGGCUGCGGUUGUCAGUAAACCUCAUCCGGUCAAAGGCCAAUGUCUUUACUGCUUCAUUACGCCCAACGAAGGCAAAACGUUCGACAAACGUUUGCAAGAUGAGCUCAAGAAAAAAGUUCGUGAAAAAAUUGGUCCCUUCGCUCAACCCGAUGUCAUCCAACAUGCUCCAGGACUUCCGAAGACCCGAUCGGGCAAGAUAAUGCGCCGAGUGCUGAGAAAAAUUGCCAUUGGUGACAGAAAUGUCGGCGACAUAUCGACCUUGGCCGACGAGGGAGUAGUCGAUUUAUUGUUCUCACUUAGGCCACAAUAAGUAACGCAACAUGAUUGAAUAAUUAUUCUUUCCAAUAUACUCUUUAACGUUGAAACUUAGAAAGAAAGUACAUCAAAUCAAGUUGUCCUGCUAAAAUCAAGGAAAAUGAAAAAUAUAAAACCAAUAUAGUUAGAUGUGGAUGGAGAAAGAACUAAAUUAUUAUCAGACAAAAUAUGUUCACUUUUUGUUCGCACAGGUGAUCACAUUAGCAUUCGGUAUCUAAUGUAUACUUACAUCUCAAAAUGAAAAAGUACCACAAAGACGAUGCAGUUUUAGAUAGAAUUUUUAGCUAACGUUUAAACUUGUUUGUCUUUAAUUGGCCAAUUUUAUACUAUGUGUUAUUAGUUUCAUAAGAUAGUCAUAUGUGCAGGAAAAAAGCACGCAAUUGUUUUAAUGAUUAAAAAUGAAAAUGAUACGUUACGAAUUAAUGCAAGAGCACGCAAAAAAGGACAACGAAGUAGUUGAACAAAAUUACGAUGAAAGUUCUUUUAUAUUACAUUAAAAAUGUAGAUUUAUUUUUACAGUCUAUUAUGGCUCUAUGUCGAGAUUCAUCUUAUAAUCUCUUAAAUAAUACUUAAUUUGUAUGCGCAACAUCUGUAAAAUUAUUAUUUUUUAUUACUUUUUAUUUUUACACGUGAUAGAAAUGUUUGUAGAGUCAAAUAGUCAAAAAUCUUUUUUUUAAGCUCCUCGAACCUCGGAAUGAGAUGAGAAAGCGUCUGAGCAUAAGUUCCUUUCAGUAGGAGUCUUCCACAGUUUCAUUAAACUGUUGUUUGUAAAAUGCAUAAGAAUGAAACCAAAGCAUCAAUCGUCAAAAACUGCUAACAUUGAAAUCAUCAAUAAUACAAUUUUUGUUGCUUAUAUUACUACUUCCCGAUGGUUCUGCAUCAAAAGCUUUUCUACAAUUAAAAAAAAAUUAAUAAAAAAGUUUAAAUAGAGGUGAUUUCAAUGGCGGAGAUUGACAUAAUACUUAAGCGUAACGCUCGAUACAAUUAAUGCAUGCGCACAGCUUCGUAAAUUUACGUGUCGUAGCAAAAGCGCACAGGAGUGAUCACACCGUCUAAUUCACAAACAAUUAGCUAAAUACACUUUAAUGAAAACGAAAAUUAAAUCUAGCAGAUAAGAAAUCAUUAAAGUUCAACCAAUCGGGUUGAAUCUGAAAGUAUAUUACCAGUUAUACAAAGCACUAUGCAUAACGCACCUCAACGUAUGUUGUAUUGUCGAUAUAGGUACAACGAUUGCUUAACACAAACACACAUACGCUCACAUGAGAAAUUCGUGAUAUUUUAAUAACUUUUAUCGUUAUAAAAAUAAAGACGUAUUGAAUCGUCCUGGUGCUGAAUUGAAAUAUCAUCAUUCUAAAACAGCUGUUCUUUGUUGAUGAAAGAUCUUGGAAAAAAUUAAACAGCUAUUUUUUUAUAAGUUUUUGCACUCUUCAGAUCUUAAAGUUAGCAAUUUAUAUAAUGAACGAAGGCAAUUUUUGUCGAUAUAAUUAAUCAUGAAAUUAUGACUCCACUGGCUGGAUUCAAAUUUUUCUCGAUUUAUAUACGGUCAAUGACGAAACUCGCUCACGCAAUUAUAUAAUAUUGUAAUAAUAGUAAAAUUCACCUGUCAACCCAAACUGCACGAGCUUGCAUAGUUGUAUAUGUAUAAUAAUUGUCAUAGCAAAAUUAAUAAGAAAACAAAAAAAGACGAAAGUAUAGACACCGACACGUAAGGCAAUCAUAUUUUUUUAGAAUGAUAUUCGAGAUUAUUCGACCAUUUGCGUGAGGUUGAAUUUUUAAACAGAAAUCUGUAAGCACAAGAUAUUAAACUAAAAGGGGCGAUGAUGAUAAUGAUACCUACAUUAAUUGUAGGGACAAAUGAAAUUCGCUAGGCGUAAAGAGGUAUAUGGCGUUUAUGAUUUGCCUUUUUAAUGAUCGAUGAAACAAUUUAUAUAUCAAUCUUAUAAAAUAUAUACAAAUUACAUGUGUCUUAUACAAAAUAAUCGCGAUACCGCCGCGUGAUAUUGUAUUGAGAAUAAACUACAUAAAUGUAAAGGAAAAAAAACUAAAAAAAAUAUUGUAUUGAUACUCUGUAACGCCCACAAUGAAUGAUGUAUAUCCUUCAACCCGUUGACGGGGACAGAAAAAAGGUUUAAAAGUAAAAAUUAAAAAUAUAUUAUCAAUGUAGUGUAUAUCUUAUACAAUGUGUUCGAAGUGCGCGAGGAAGAAUAAGAGUCCAAAGUUACUCUCGGGAAUCUUCACAAAUGAAUAAAAAAUAAUAUUUAAAUAUGAUCCACGGAGUCUCAACAGCCUAUGAGGCUCUGUUCAAUACAUAUCAUCUAUUAUAAUUAUAUUGUAUAUUAUAAGUGGAACAAGAAACUAACUUUAGGUGUGAUAUAUAUGGCCGAUUCUCUGUGAAUUAGAAUAGCUAAAAAAAAUUUCUGAUGUCAUGAAAAACUCAUUGUUUUUGAUGUCACGCAUGUCCCCAAAUUUUAUUAGAAAUAUUUUUAUCAUUCUUUUUUAAAGGGGCCCACAAUUGGCGUAUUUCUUAAAAUGAAAAAAAAAAACAUAGUAAUUUAAAAAAAAAGUGCAAAAGAGCUUUUUACAGGAAAAUAUCCAAACUUAUUAAAAAAACUUGAGGAGGAUCUGAGCCCUUUGGAAGCUUACUACUAUAGAGAGAAAUAUGAAGAUCAUAAUCUAAUCACGUUUGACCGGACUUAUACCACAAAAAUAUUCUAUUACCUCCUAAAUUUUUGUAAUGCGUUUUUCAAUUCUAGCAGCAACAAAAAAUCCAAGAGUAUUAUAAUAAGGCUAAAACUUUUAAAAAAAGCCAAAAUAACGGUAAAUAACGGACUCUUUACAAAAAUUUAGGAGAUACUAGUUUAUAUUGUAAGAAAGUUCUGAAACAUUUUUAGGCGAUCGCUUCUAAAGUACACAGACCUUCUUGGAGUAUUAAUUUUGUAAAAAUUUGAAAAAUUUCCACUAGAAAAGUUUAGCAGCAUUUUUUACUAAUAUCACUCUGGAUUGAGCUAUAAAUUUUUUAAAUAUUAGUAAUAACCAUGAAUAUAAGAAAAAUGUUAAUUUCAUGCCUCUGAAAAAGUGCUGUUCUCAAAAUUUUAAUAAAGUUUUGGGACAUGUAUGUCAUCAAGAACUAACGAUUUCUCGUGCCGAGCAGAUAUUUUUUUUUUAUCAUAUAUUUUAGAGUGUCCCUUAUUUUUGUCUCUUCUCUCUCUCUCUUUUAGAUGUUUUUAAUAAAUCAUAAAAUGUUACCGGAUGAUUAUUAAAAGAUUUUUUAUACGCUAUAACCGGAUAUGUUUGAAGAUUAUAAACUUAUGAAAUUAAGUUACUUGGGGGGAAAAAAUGUCUUUCGAAUAAAAAUCUAUGUAACCGCUCCGAG